GUGGCUUUGAGAUUCGUGCAAGGCAAAUGAGUCGAGGACCUGAUUUGUUCGUGUAGAUUCUGCCUGCGGGGCGGUGGACCGGAACCCUUUUAGUUCUCCCUCGGUUGCCGGGCUCCGCCAGGCAGGCAUCGUCGGGAGGAGGGGAGGGGAGGGGAUGGCGUUCUGCGAGGCCCGCGAUUUCUUGUUCUGCGGCGUGUGCGGGACGCUUCUCUCCUUCGACUCGCUCGACUUCGCCAAGUGCCCUCUUUGCGGCUUCAAGCGCGCGGCCGAAGAAAUUGAAGGGAAAGAAACACAUUACACUAUCACAGCAGAGGAUAUUAGAAGGGAGCUGAAGAUUGAGCCUUUUGUACUUCUUGAAACAGCUCCAAUCGAUGAAGAAAUGGUGCAAAGAGCAGUGGUAAAUGAAUCAUGUCCUCAAUGUCACCAUCCCCAGCUUGAAUAUUAUACCAGACAGCUACGUUCAGCUGAUGAAGGGCAGACUGUUUUCUAUGAAUGUCCGGAGUGCAGGCAUAAGUUUUCAGUCAACACAUGAGGACAGAAUUUCUUAUUGCAAAACUGAUUUAAUGCAUUAUCGUAGAUGCUGCUUAAUUGAAAAUUUAAUGUACUUGGUUGCUAAGUCUUGUACUCAGUGGCAUUCUUCAAAUAAAACUAUCUUGGUUGUCAAAUAUUUAUGCACAUUAUCAACAAACACCUGCCUCUGAUAACAUGAUAUUUGGCAAGUCUUGCUCU